AGCUGGCGUCUAUUAUUGUUGGAUAUUCAUCGAUCGAAUCAUCUAUACACGGUCAGCGAACGGUUGGUUCUCGUCCUUGCCAGCACCGAAAAAGGUUGAGUGUACGAAAGAAGUAAGUAAAUAAAAAGAAGAAAUAUGGGUGUACCUGCAGGUGAUCCAGAAAAGGGAAAGAAGAUCUUCGUACAGAAAUGCUCACAAUGCCAUACGAUAGAAGCUGGUGGCAAACAUAAAGUAGGACCAAAUUUACAUGGUCUGAUCGGUAGGAAAACUGGCCAGUCACCCGGUUAUUCGUAUACGGAUGCUAACAAAGCUAAAGGUAUUACAUGGAACAAGGAUACUCUGUUCGAAUAUUUGGAAAAUCCAAAGAAAUACAUUCCCGGCACGAAGAUGGUGUUCGCCGGUUUGAAGAAACCACAAGAACGUGGUGAUUUAAUCGCUUAUAUCGAACAAGCGUCUAAAUAAAAAACU